AUGGUGGAGGGGUCAACGGUGGGUGGAGGAGAUGGGGUGGCGGACGAAGCAGAGUUGGCGGCUGGAGCAGAGGUGGAGGACGGUGGCGGAGGAGAUGGGUGUCGGAGGUGGAGGUGGUGGGGGAGUGGAGGUGGAGCAGAGCUGGAGCAGGUGGUGUCGGAGGUAGAGGUGGUGGCGGUGGCGGUGGCGGAGUGUAGGUGGUGCAAGGCUGGAACAGGUGGUGUCGGAGGUGGAGGUGGUGGCGGAGCAGGGGUAGGCGGCGGAGGAGGUGGUGUCGAAGGUGGAGGUGGUGGGAAAAGUGGAGGUGCUAGGGUUUUGAGACCAUAUGGGUGUUUUGAAGAGGGAGAAGAGUCUUGA